GAGCACAGUUGCAGCUGCAGAGGGAAGAGCUUAUGCAAAUGCUUGCUGUCUAGUGACGUACAAAAUUCUUUGACUUUAGAUCAUAUUUCGGAGGCACGGGAGCUCGCUCUCAGAGCAGAUAUGUCUCCCAUCACCGCUGUGGCACUGCUGGUUUUUCUGGUCAUCCAUGAAGGGGGAAGUGUGGGAGAACAUGGAGUAAAUCUGAGAUGCAAAUGCAUAACUAAAGAGAAAAGGCCCAUUGGGCGCCAUAUAAGAGUGCUGGAAGUGCAUCCUCCAAACUCCCACUGCAACGACAUGGAGCUAGUUGCCAUUCUCAAAAAGGAUGGACAGAAGAUUUGCCUUGACCCUGAUGCCCGCUGGGUCAAACUGCUAAAGAAGAGACUUCUGAGGCAGAAGCCUUGAGGGUCAAAUUGUUACUCCAAGGACUUAAAGCAUAAUCACACAAGUGGAGCGUGAAGAUUGUUGUAUGUUGUUAGAAAGAAACAUGCGGCAGCUGUGGCAUUCAAGAGGAGAUGAUACAACUGUUAAGACCCAGGCGUCAGCAGGAUACGAAGGCAUGAUGAGACAAAAAUGUUUUCCAAAUGAAAAAUUCCACCUUACUUAAAAAAAAAAAAAAUCACUCAGUGGCAGCCUUGUAUUAUGAAUGUGUUUCAGUACUGAAGUCUGUGUACAAACUUUGGUUUCAAAUCUUAUUGAUGAUUUACUUAUAAGCUUUCCUUCUCCAUUGUAAACAGAGAUGGGACAUUUUAAACUGCCAAUGUAAUUUCCAGGCCAAUGUUCACGUAGUAUAAAUUGUUGCACUUCACAUUGUAUAUUAAAGAGAAAUUGUGAAUAA